AUGCACCUUCUGACUCAGAAAAGCACCCAUACAAGUACGUAUAAACAACCAGUGCUCUUUUGUGCUAGCCGCCCGCAUUUUUCUUUGUGCAAUUUCUUGCUUUCCUCAGGCGCCACAAUGAGCUUCUUGGCCCGUUCCUGUUUCAAGCCCGCUAACUUUUCCAGAUUUGUCAGCAUGUCGGCCCCAUUGGACGCAUCCAAGUUGAAAAUCACCAAAACCACUACGCCCAAGCCAAAGCUUGCCAACGACAAGUUGGCGUUCGGCAAAACGUUCACCGACCACAUUUUGGAGGUGGAAUGGACCGCCGAAAAGGGCUGGGCUGCGCCAACCAUCACGCCGUACCACAACUUCAGCUUUGACCCAUCCACCAUUGUGUUCCACUACGGGUUCGAGGCUUUCGAAGGCAUGAAGGCCUACAGAGACAAGCAGGACCGCAUCCGGAUCUUCCGCCCCAACAAGAACAUGGAGAGAAUGAACGGCUCUGCCGAGAGAAUCGUCUUGCCUACUUUUGACAGCGAGGAGUUCAUCAAGUUGAUUGAGGAGUUUUUGCGUUUGGAACAGGACUUUGUUCCCCGCGGCGAAGGCUACUCGUUGUACUUGAGACCCACCAUCAUCGGCACCACCGCCACUUUAGGCGUUUCCACCCCAGACAAGGCGCUUUUGUACAUGAUUGCUUCUCCUGUUGGCCCAUACUACUCUACCGGAUUCAAGGCUGUCUCUUUGGAGGCCACCGACUACGCCGUCAGAGCGUGGCCCGGCGGAGUGGGCAACAAGAAGUUGGGUGCCAACUACGCCCCAUGCGUCAAGCCCCAGUUGGAGGCUGCUAAAAGAGGAUACCAGCAAAACUUGUGGUUGUUUGGCGAAGAGGGCUACAUCACGGAAGUCGGCACCAUGAACGUUUUUUUCGUUUUCCAGGACGCCUCGGGCAAGAAGGAGUUGGCCACUGCUCCUUUGGACGGAACCAUCUUGGAAGGUGUCACCCGUGACUCUGUUUUGACUUUGGCCAGAGCUAGAUUGCCAGAGGACGAGUGGAUUGUCAGCGAGAGAAAGUUCACCAUUGGCGAAGUCAAGGAAAGAGCCGCCAAGGGCGAGUUGGUGGAAGCCUUUGGUGCUGGUACUGCUGCGCUUGUCUCUCCAAUCAAGGCUAUCGGCUGGAGAGGCGAAGACAUCAACGUUCCUUUGGCUGGCGGCGAUGCCGGUGAGUUGACCAUGCAAGUUGCUGACUGGAUCAAGAAGAUCCAGUACGGCGAGGACGAGUUUGAGGGCUGGUCGCGUGUUGUUGUGUAG